UGCUGGAAGUUCCUCAUAUUCAUUCCUCUGUGUUCAGGAUGUUUCUUUGCACGUUUAGGAACUCGGGUGCAAAUGAUAAUAAACUAGAUCUGACGGAAACAUCUGUGAACUUUGAACUGACAAACUGCUGAUGGUGUAUAUGUUGCAUGUGACCGAGUGCAGUUCAGUCAGACACGAACAGACCACACAUUGGAUAAAAAAACAAUAAUGACCAAAUCAAACAUGCACAUCGUGAUCCGCCGCUAUCAGCCGUCCGACCGUGAGGCUGUGGAAACAGUUUUUCGGGAGGCAAUAGAAGAGCACAUCAAUCCCGCAUUCAUGUACGCUAUGACCCGACCGUUGCACAUCACCAUUAGCCUCUUCAUUUAUGUUAGCGUUUACAUGCUGAGCACAUACUCCCUGGUUCUAGCCUUGAUGUGUGGAGGAUCCUGGAUAGGCCUGGUCUACUUCUGCUGCUAUGAGUUUUAUGCUGGAUACGUCCGGUCCAGAUUAAACACGGACAUGAAGGAUAUUUCUGCGUACUACCUCGAAAAUCCUGAUAACUGCUUCUGGGUUGCAGAAGCUGAGAUUGAAGGCCGGCCUCAGGUUUUGGGUAUGGUUGCUGUGGAGGGUAAAAAGGAGUCUGAAAAGUACGGAGAGCUUUACAGGAUGAUUGUUUCAUCCGCUUGUCGCCGUACUGGACUCGGUGUAAGGUUGGCUCAGACUGCUGAAGACUUCUGUAGGGAGCGCGGCUUCUCAAAGAUCAUGCUUUCCACUUCUUCGACACAGAAAGCAGCCGUGGCUUUGUACUUUAAGCUGGGUUUUAAACUGCUCCGGGUUCACACUCAGACUGAGAGCAUGCAGUGGAUGAUCUGGAUGACCAGAGCCACCAUUCUGACCAUGGAGAAGAAGAUCUUUUAAAGAAAGAAAUACUUUAAUAAGGAGUUUAAAUAGUUUUAUAAUCCUACUUGAUAAAAACAGUCUGCAGAAACACUUCUCCCUUUGUACUUGUCAUCAGAGGGGGAAAGCCCCACCCUCUAGUGACGAUCUCUCCCUCAUUAGCGUAGACAGCCCUGAGAGAGAAGCAGCUGUCUGUUAUUAGAGUUUUCCCACUCAGGCUCAUUCUGAAAAUGUACUGCUAUAUACUUUUCUAGAGAGCGCCAAAUAUGUCCCAGGAGGUGUGUUUUUGGAAGUUUUUGUUUUCAUGGAUCCACCACAGGCCGCUGUGUAUGCUUUUUCAGAUCUUACAUUUCUCUCGAGUGCUAUUUGCACCUGCUCUUUUCACAUAAAUCCACCAGUGGCCGCUGUCAACUGACUUACUUAAUGACUGACGGAUUGACUGACCUCCACCCACUUACUAAACCCAGCUGACAGUUUUAAAAAAACAAUCCAGAAAAAGAAAAGCUCUCGCCUGGGCUUUUACAAUUUUUUCAGAUUUUACCACAUUCCCACCCUGUUAUUUACUUGUUUAUUUAAUUUUUUUGGUUUUUGUCUUAUCCGCUUUCUGGAACCGUUCUUUGCCGGAGUCGAACCCUGUCAUUGUGCUCAACUCCCCUUUGCAUCUCAAGUCCUCCGGCGUACAUGGUGUUCUACCGGACAAACUGCAAAAAAUAUAUUUUUCAAUAAAUAUAACAAUUUAUUUAUAUUUAUUAUAAAUAAAUACCAUUAUUAAUAAUAUAAUUAUACAAUUAUUAUUCUAAAUAAAUAACAGAAAUCUAUCCUAAAUGUUACUAGAAAACCAGGGCGUAGAUUGUGCCGGAACAUGCCUGAUCUGGCACCUCUGAAAUCUGAUCUGGCACCUCAUUUUACAGAUGCCCCUCCUCAACUGCCUGACUCCCCCGUCCGCUGUUCACUUUCGUGCCUCCCCCCACCUCACUCCACUAUACACUGCCAAAUCAACCACAACCCCACCCCCCGCCCCUGCUUUACACUUGCUUGCGCCACACCUCUCCAUUGUCGGAAAACAUGCUGGAUCCGGUACCCCAAUAUGUUCCAGGACCUCUCAUGUAACAAAUUAAGCACUGUAGAAAACAAUAUAUAAACUGGAGUGAUGUGUUAAGAUCACUUAAGAAAUCUGUUGCAUGAAUAUUAAUUAUGACAAUUCUGUAGAAUACUAAAAAUAAAUAUGUUUUAUAGAAUUAUUUGUUGUCUUAGACCCGACUCAUGGCCGAGACUUAAUGUUGUGAAGUCUCACCUCCCUUAUCCCUCCUUUCUGCUUUAUAGCCAUGCUCAGUGAAAGUAACAUCAUCAUCAUCAUAUUAUAUUAAACUUUAGCUAUUUCGACUUGCAAAACUCGCUACGUGCUGAUACACCUGCACAAAAGGCUGAUACUCCGGUUUCUCGUCGCAUGAGCCGCGCGUAUUUUACCGGUGUACAUGCAAACAACUGGGAUUCACACAGGAGCGCAUGCGUCAGUUUGCUUUCACCGGCGUUGGUUCGGUUGCACAUUGACAGGGAUGGAAAGUAAUGAAGUACAAAUACUUCGCUUCUGUACUUAAGUAGAUUUUUCUGGUAUCAGUACUUUACUAUAUAUUGUUCUGACAACUUUUUAUCUUUACUCCUUACAUUUUUACACAAAUAUCUGUACGUUUUGCUCCUUUCAUUUUUAAUUUAGACUCGUUACUUUCGCUUUAAUGUGUUUUGUGGAGCGGUCUAUAUUGUUUCUUGUCACAAUUUGAACGUCUUAUUGAUUCAGUUCAUCUAUUCUUCGUCAUUGCAAGCCUGUCCGCUGCAUUGCGCGGCUUUUUCAAUCUCUGAUUGCGCAGCAUAAGUAGGCUUGCUUAUUAACAGAACGGUGCAUGAGAAAGAGGAAGUCCGCGAUUAUUGUCAUGUUCAUGAAGGGUAACAAGAUGCAUUUUGGUCGAUUAGAUCACAGGUAAAACAAGAGACACAUUUCUUUUGAAAUCUGGCAUUUAGAUGGAGUUAAAGUCUUUUGUCCACUUCCGACCAUGUUGUACCGUACUUGUCUGAUCUCUCAAUCUAUACCGCAGGGGCAAAACACCAAUCAUGUGUACAGUUAGUACUAAAGCAAUUCAAUACCCAUGAAUACAUUCAAGUCAAGUCAAGUCAACUUUAUUGUCAAUCAAACCAUGCAACAGUACAUUACACAGCAGACUGAAAUUGCGUUUCUCCCAUACUCCAAUGUGCAAUUUAAAAACAAAACAUGACACGCACUAGACAAACUAAACAUUUAACUAAUAUAGUACAUUCAAUGAGGUUUAUUUCCCUUGUUUUCAACGAGUUCAUAUUUCCUAGUACAGAAUUUAUUCUGUUAUAUAGUUUUAACAUGUAUAUUAAAUACACUGUAGUCUUAUUUAAAUUUGUUAGAUAGAUUGUUGGUAGAUAAAUAUUUUAGAACAUCAAAACUAUUUAUACUGGGUCAUUUAUGAAUAAAAAUAUAAUGCAAAGGAUCAGGAAUUUAUCAUGUGAAAAAAGAAAAAAAAAAGAUGAUGCAGAAAUGUCUUAACAGCAUUAAUAACUUCUUAUCUGUUCAAUAAAAUAUGCACAAUACUUGGAAAACAAACAAACAAAUCAUAUGAGCUGCAUGAUUGUUGCUGUAGGCAAAUACAUUCCGUUUAUUUAAUCAAAAGAAAAAACUAAAAUAUGUUUUGGACAAAAUGAAGUGUUAAAUUUAAGACAUUUAUUAAUAAUAAAUACAGUAUAGGCAGAAGAAUUACCUUUUAGAAUAUAGGAAUGAGAAUGGCAGCUGUUGUUCUUAACAGCCGUAAAGUUUUGUGUCCAAAUUGGCAACAAAAUCUUUACAAAAAAAUUAAAAGUCUGAAAUUUUUCCUUAAGUCUGAUGGUCACUGUACCAUAAAAUUAAUGUGUAAGUAUUCAAAGUCACAACCCGAGGACAGUACGAAAUUAUAUGUAAGCUGUUUGCUUCCAUGUUUAUGUAAAUCAUUAAAAGUUGUAUUAUAGCAAGAAUAGAUUCUGAAGCAGUUACUCACAUUCUGGGUUUCUUGUUUACACCUCUGCACUGGCAGUGCCAAUUUCCAUUCUUGCUAUCAAAGGUGCAGACAGUUCUUCCAAACUUGUAUCAAUUGUCCUUUUUAACAGUAUACACUGAAAAGUAUAUAUAUCUCUUAGAAAGGCCAUGCUCGCCCCCAAAAAUAGGAUGAACGCAGUCUUCAGAGCAAGCCUUCUGGUUUAGUGCUGUGCAUUCUUCUUUCCUUGAUUUUGAACAGAGUCCCUUUUCUGACAGCUGCAGCAUGGAAUCAUUGUGUAGUGCUGGUGGAGGACUGUAGGAUGUUGCUGUCCUGGUCCUUUCUAAGUGAAAACAUUCUUUUCCCGGGAUUCCACUGUUUGCAGCAAUAC